UGAAUUCUCUUUCUCUCUCUCCCCCACCCCAUGUGAAAAGGAACUCUCCAACUCAGCCAUCUAUCUAUCUUUCUAUUCUGUCCAAAACUAACAAGAAUCCUUCAAACACCACCACCACCACCUUCUUCUUCUUCUUCUUUUUAAAGUAUAAUCUCUCUCUUAAUUCUCUUUUUAUUGCUUGUAAGUUUUAAUUGGACCAUUUAACGUAUAGGGAAACAAUGUCUGCUCCUACUCCCACGUCUCCGCCGUCUACUAACACCACUGCUCCACCACCCGCCACUCCUGCUGCUCCACCACCCUCCACACCUGCUGCUCCACCCCCUGCAACUCCAGCUGCUCCACCCCCUGCCACUCCAGCUGCUCCACCCCCCGCCACUCCAGCUGCACCACCACCCGCACCAGUAACUCCCUCAGCACCACCUCCCGCCCCAGCAACCCCCUCUUCACCUCCACCUACUUCCUCCUCCUCUCCGCCGCCUCCAUCAACUCCUUCUCCUUCUCCUCCAACGUCCACUCCUUCUCCUCCGUCUCCACCUUCGACCACGCCCUCUCCUCCGACGAACUCUGGUACUACACCCUCUACGCCUACCCCUACAACUAGGAGUCCUCCUGCUCCGCCUACUUCCAGCUCGCCGUCUCCGCCGUCUCCACCUUCGAAUUCUUCUUCGGGGAUAUCGACGGGAGUUGUAGUGGGAAUAGCUAUUGGAGGAGUAGCGAUUCUAUUAGUUUUGAGUUUGUUAUGUAUUUGUUGCAGAAAAAAGAGAAGAAGACGUGAUGAUGAAGCUGCUUAUUAUGUCCCUCCACCUCCUGGUCCUAAAGAUGGUCCUUAUGGUGGACAGCAGCAGCAGCAUUGGCAACAGCAUGCUCCUCCACCGGAUCGUGUAUUCACAGCAAUGCCAAAACCUAAUCCACCGCCACCUGUUGCAUCAAGACCUCCACAUCCUGCUUCGAUGACACCACCACCACCACCUCCGCCUCCUUUCAUGAGCAGCAGUGGUGGCUCUGGCUCCAACUAUUCUGGUUCUGAAAACCCACUCCCACCUCCUUCUCCAGGCCUUGCAUUGAGUUUCUCAAAGAGUACAUUUUCUUUUGAGGAACUAGCUCGGGCCACCGAUGGUUUCUCUAAUGCUAAUCUUCUUGGUCAAGGUGGUUUUGGGUAUGUGCAUAGAGGAGUUCUUCCUAGUGGAAAAGAAGUUGCAGUCAAGCAGCUUAAAGCUGGAAGUGGACAAGGAGAGCGCGAAUUUCAGGCUGAGAUUGAAAUUAUUAGCCGAGUGCAUCACAAACACCUUGUUUCAUUGGUUGGAUAUUGUAUCACUGGCUCUCAGAGACUUCUUGUUUAUGAGUUCGUUCCAAACAACACUUUAGAGUUUCACUUACAUGGAAAGGGGCGGCCUACCAUGGAUUGGCCUACCAGACUUAAAAUUGCUCUGGGGUCUGCUAAGGGACUUGCAUAUCUGCAUGAAGAUUGUCAUCCUAAAAUCAUUCAUCGUGAUAUUAAGGCAGCUAAUAUACUUUUGGAUUUCAAAUUUGAGGCAAAGGUUGCAGAUUUUGGACUAGCAAAGUUCUCUUCUGAUUUUAAUACACAUGUCUCCACCAGGGUCAUGGGAACCUUUGGGUAUCUGGCUCCAGAAUAUGCAGCAAGCGGGAAAUUAACAGAUAAAUCAGAUGUAUUCUCCUUUGGGAUCAUGCUUCUGGAGUUGAUUACUGGGCGGCGUCCUGUUGAUGCAAAUCCAGCUUAUGCAGAUGACAGUUUGGUUGACUGGGCGAGGCCUUUGCUCACACGAGCUCUAGAAGAUGGAAACUUUGACACUCUGGCAGAUCCAAAAUUGCAAAAUGAUUAUGACCACAAUGAAAUGGCUCGCAUGGUUGCUUCUGCUGCUGCUUGUGUGCGUCAUUCAGCUAGACGCCGACCGCGUAUGAGUCAGGUAGUCCGAGCUCUGGAAGGAGAUGUCGCACUGUCUGAUCUUAAUGAAGGAAUACGACCUGGACACAGUAGUUUAUACAGCUAUGGCAGUUCAGACUAUGACACCAGCCAAUACAACGAGGACAUGAAAAAAUUCCGGAAGAUGGCUUUAGGAAGCCAGGAGUAUGGUGCCAGUAGCGAAUACAGUGGACCAACCAGCGAAUAUGGUUUAUAUCCUUCCGGCUCAAGCAGUGAAGGACAUAAUACCCGAGAAAUGGAAAUGGGAAAGAUGAAGAGAAACAGCCAAGGUUUUAGUGGAAAUUCAUGAUAACUGAAGCUCCAAAUUUUCUGUAAAGAACCAGCCUCCCUUUUCUUAUACUCUUGACGUAGAUGUCACACUGAUUGCAAGAAUGGCAUGUUUGGGAUGUGAUAACAUAUACGAUUUAUUUUUUUUCCCCUUUUUCUUACCCCUGAUUUUGAAGUGUCAUUGGCUUUAUUCUGUAUUUAUGGCGCCUUAUAUACUACAGAAAUAAUGAAAUUACAAGUUGAUUCUUUUA